UGCGGGCUUGCUGACGGAGCACAGCCGGAAGUUCUGGGCGCCUGGCAACGGAUACGUGUUGGACUGGAGAGCUGCAACCUCUGGACCCGCUGCCAGCAGGGCCCAGCGGGGCGCAGAGCUCCCCAGCAUCGCCGGGCUGCCUGCCUCCGAGCAUGUUCGCCUUGAGAGCGGCGCUGGAGCAAGCGCGCGGCCGCCCGGCCUGCACCGCCCAACACCCUUCCUGGUCCGGGGGCUCUGCUCAGAGCGUCGCUGGCUACCCCGUUGCCCGCUGCCCCCGCUGCCGGAGGCUGAGACCUGGGCACCACUGUCCCCGGCCUGGCGGGCGAAGAAGCCCCUGCCCUCCAUUGCGGAGCUGCGGGGACACAUCUCACUUUCAUCAUUGCUGUUGAAAGAAGGAAAAAUGCCUGUGCUAUCUCCUGAAAUCAAAGUCGAGACUUCCAGUGUCACCAAAAAUUCCCUUGACAAUUAUUUUCUUUUUGAGAGUAGUUGGAGGAAAGCAGUUUUAGAAACACAGAAGUUGAGAAAUGAAUACACCAGAACAUUUGGUCUAGAAGAACUCAAAGAACAUGUCAAAAUGCCAUAUUUGCCAGGAUUGCAAAGUUGCCAAAAAAGUAUGAGUUCAUCUCCACCAGAGUUUCGUAGCAGACGGCUGCGUGCUGAUACCCAGAUGCCUCCAGUCAGCCAUUCUGAUGAGAACAUGUUGAGUUGCCUGCAAGUAUUUUAUCCUCCUCUGCAUAUUGCCCCCCGCUCUGUGAAGGAACGGUGUUGGCAAACCAGGAUAAAGAAGACUAAGGAGAUCUGUACUGCUAUACCACUUCAAGAGAGCGAGAAAGGUUUUGGAUUCAGCAAUCCUCUCAUUGGAGCAUCAUCUCAAUACUUACAGAGACUUUCCAAAAUGGCACUAUUAGAAUAUGAUACCAUUUGUCACGAAACAACCAGAAAGUCAAAAAAGGGUAGGAAACGAGAGCUGCGAGACUGCUGGUAACUCAUGCUGUGUGAUCCUUUCUUCACUGGCUUUUAAGGCUUAUACUUUCUUCCUUUCUUUUUCUUUCUUUGGGUACCUGAUAUGAUAUGGAAUGAUACCUGGAAUAAUAGAAAUGUAAAUAGGAAAUAAAUAUUUUAUGUUACAUACAGAAUAAUUUGUUUUGUUAGCAUUACAAAUAAGCAUUUAAGUUAUCAUUUAUGUAGACAUAAACAUAAGAAAAAUUAUAUUUCAUUAAUUUUGUGCAUGUUAAUUAUAUUUUUUUGACUCAACUUGAAGAAUGUUUUUUGAGUGCCCGCUCGUACAAUGACCUUCCCUGGGAGCCACAGAAGAUUUAAAAAAAGAGUUAGCUCUUCUCAUUGGGGAUAGAAAAUGGCCAAUUGAAACCCCUCCUCUUCCCCGCUUGAGUUUGAAAUAGGUGUGAUGUAAGUAUUCAAGCAAAUGAAGAUGAAAAUAUUAGCUCUGCUUUCUGAUAGAACCUGGAACGAAAACCCUGGCUUAGAUGUGUGGCCACCUCCUGACAGUGAACUUCAGAACUGGGCCAGUGCACAAACCCAGGCAGUGAUGACAAGCUCAGGCUUACCUGCUGAGUCAGGGCUUCCAUGGCCAAGCAGACAAGAUUCUCCACUGUGUAGACAGGCAGAUCCCUGAGGGGUAAGGGGAUGGGGAGACACCUACUCCUUUUCUGUAAAGAGGAGGAAAGUCAAGCUCAGGAGUACUCUGCUUCUCUAUAAAGCCUGAGGGGUGGGGGAGAAGUGUGUGUCAGUGCACCUAUCUGAGGAACCAGGAGAAAUCCAGGCCACCUGAGGCUGUGAUCCAGGGAGAGUGGGAUCCAUGCCACAGGAGAGGCACAGAGUGUCACAGAGGUUCCAGAACAGGGCGGGUAGCAUCCACUGGGAAAGCUUCAUGGAAGAUACGGUGUUUGAAAUGAAACUUAAAGGCAGGAAAGAUGGAGGAAGAGGGCAUUUCUAGAAAGAUGAAAUAACAUAGCUGAAGUACCCUGUGCAUUUGGGAGUGACUAACAUGGUUGGAACACUGGGUAGUAGAGGGUGAGUGGCAGAAGUCACAUGCCUACAGGCACCAAGCCAAGGACCACAUUAGUGACUCAGUGAGAUGAAGGCUGCAGGGACCUAGGGCACUCACCAGUCAGCCUCAGCCCUCCAUGCCACCUGUGAAUGAAGGCCAGCAUUGCCAGAUAUUCCAACUUUGUAUGAGAAGCUAGACUCCAGAUUUGUAUGUGAAAACUUUCAAUGUGUAAAUGUUAGCAACUAAUUUGAAAUAAGCAGCUAAUUCAAAAUUUAUAAAGCCAUUGUGUGGGCCAGAGAAAGUUGCAUGUGCAAGCUAGGGCUGGCUUUGAGGGGGCAUUCAUUUCUGCAACCUCGAGGAGGUAGGGCUUGAGAUAACCAGAUGAGAUCUGGUAGAGAGCCUUAGAUCAAAGCAUGAGUUUAUAUUUCCUCAUUUUCACAAUGGCAGAUUUUGAGAAUGAAAAUAGAUUAUUGCUUUUAUAAUUUAGGAUUCAUCCAGGUAUAGUUACUAGGCUAGAUUGUGAUGGGAGGAGCCCAAGGGCAGGGAAACCAGUGAGGAGAUGCUUAUAAAAAUUGAGGUAAGAAUCUCUGGUGGAAAGUUACAAACAGGACGUCAAGGGGAAUCACCUAAGAUCAACUGACUGGACGGACAUAGGUUAUCAAAACAGGAAGAGUCAAAACCAGCUCAUUUCUAGUUUUAGACCUAAGAUUCUCUUUUGCUAGUUUCAGGGAAUAACAAGAUGAAUUCAGCUUUGAGUAUAUUCAGUUUCAGGUGCCAUCAAGACAUCCACAGAGAUGCCAAACAGGUAGUUGAAAGCAGCCAUGUAGUUCUGGAAAAAAGGUAGUUGACUAGAGUUAGAACUUGGCAAAACAUAUGUAUUGCAAAAGCUGAGUUUUCCUGCUAAAAAUUUAGAGAGAAAGGAGAGCCCAGAUUCAGAAGGGAUGGGAGGAAACAGGAAGAAGAAAAAAAAGAAAGCAUUACAGAUACAGGAGAAUGGGCAUAUUUCAUGUUAUUUCAUGUUUUAUAUUACUAUAUAAAAUACACUAUUGAUAUGUAUAUGUAUGUAUGCAUUAUCACAAUGCAUUAUGUAGUUCCUCAGGGGUAACUACAUAAACUUACAUGGAGAUGCUUGUGCUUGGAUCUGAAUUUCGAUUGCAAAUGAUUUAAUUAUUACCUGUACCUUUAUAUCUUCUAGUCACCCAUUCCAAGUGUGGUUAAUGACUUAAGAAAUGGGAAACAGGAGAAAAAG